CAUACAUGAAACGGACCGCUUGAUAGAGACCCCCGAGUCAUAUGUAUUAUCGAGACAUUGAACGGCUUCUGCUUAUCGCUCUGUCACGUGAUCGUGUUUGGACGCAAGAUCAAUCGUGCUUUCGUAACAUUUCCACGAGAAGGCAAUCUUCGCGGGGCCCGCGCUUCGCCGCCAACCGGGCGCCCGUGCUUCUUACGCACCAUCAUCCAAUGUGAUUCCGAAUUCGCUCAGCUAUUGGAGGUUGCUAUGGGCUAGAAGAGUAUAGCCACCUUCGUCCAUCGGAUAUAAGCAAGGGAUUGCCAUAUGACGCAAGUCUUUCACCCCUCUCGAGCGCUUUCCUACAAAACGGAUUCUCCUCCGCUCAUUCUGCGGGCGCACACAUGUCGGCCCCCGAUGCGGAUGGUCCCAGACCGGAUAUGGGCCCCUUCCUGUUCUCGUAUGGCACACAGCUCGCCGGCACGUGGGUGAACAUGAUGCUCUUCGCGUGCGAGCUCGUGCUGGCGACGCGCUACCUCCUGCGGCCGCACCGCCCGCGCGUGCACCGGCUCGGCAUCGCGGUGAUGCUCCUGGCCGACACGAUCUGCACGCUCGCAGUCGAUUCGAUCGUGUUGACGACGGUGCUGUCGAUUUUUGGCAAGCUUACGUUCAGAUCGGACACGAUACCGACCACGAUUAGCAUCCUCGCGACGUACAUCACGGCGGCUAUCGAGCAGUCGUUUCUGUGCCAGUUAUACUACAUUUUGUCACGAAAGAAACUUGCCACCCUCCUCAUCGUGUCUUGCAGCGCCUUGCACCUCGCAAUCUCAUUCGCAGGUGGAAUCAUGCUUCAGAUCUCCGGUGUUGGGGCAUUCCCGUCAAUCUUCCAAGUGACUGCGUGAGCAUCUGUGUUCUUGAAUCACGUGUCCUAUGAGUUGACAACGCUCCAGCGUCGGUGCGAUCACUUGCAGCGCAACGGACGUCCUCA